AUGGUAAUGAAUAUUGCUAGUGGAAUGAGAAAAAUACAUGAACAUCGAAUGAUACAUAGAGAUAUUCGACCUGAUAAUAUUCUUGUAAAUGAAAAUUAUGUAGCUAAAAUUGGUAAUAUGGAAAUAGCACGUGUUAUUGAUCCUUUAAAUCAACAUACACAAAUUGAAUGUGCACCAUAUAUGCCACCAGAAUUCUAUCGUGGUACUUAUGAUCAAAAGCUCGAUAUUUUUACAUUUGGUUUAACAUUAAAUGAACUUUUUACUUCAAAAAAACACAUAUUUCAGAUGUUAGCUAGUAACAAAAUUGCUUUUCAAGAAGAAAGUCCUAUAUUUGUUGAUUUGAUCGCUCGAUGUACUGCUGAUGAUCCUAAACGACGUCCGACAGCAAUAGAAAUUGAAAAAACUCUUGAUCUAUAUAUUACUGUUUUCAAUGAAAUUAUACUUAAAAAACAUCCAAGUUAUAUGAAUUUGUCUACUGAAGAUAAAAAUGAAAUAUUUAUUGCUUUCUAUCAAAAAUUUCAUCCACUAGCAACUGAAUUUAUUCGUAAGAAAUUUCCAUCUGAAUUUCUUGAUAAUUCAGAAAAUGUACCUGGAGUUAAAGUUGAUAAAGAUGCUGGUAAUCAAAUUCGUAUAGAAUGUCCCAUGCAAUAA